CGCACUAGUUCACAGUAGCAUCAGCACUGGAGAUGCACGCCGGCUUAGAGCUCAGCAGACACUAUACGAACACAGGCGUCUUUUAUAGUACGCUGUCAAUUGAGAUAACCACUGCAACACGAUCUGCAUGUCCUCGUGUACAACUUGAUUUUCACGCACUGUGUUUGUUUUCGGAUUAAGUUUCCGCCUAGUUUCGAGGGACACAGUCGGUGUGGAGGAAAAUGAGGAUAACUAUCGGUGGCAGCAGAUGAUGAUGUCCCACCAUGAAUGCAGAUUUUCAAAAUCAACUGCAAGUCCCUCGACCAAAGAUCCGCAGUCAUCUGAACAUCAAAGUGCAGUCCAAACUGAUGUCCAGGGCGUGUCCCCCUUUGCAUGGCUCAAAGCCCCCUGUCGCCCCAAAGCCCGGACCCUUUUAUAAGUCUCAUGCACAGAAGGAGCCCUGCCCCCAACAGAGAUUGAGCAACGGAGACCUGGCUCACUCCGAUGGGGAGACGGAGAAUAUCAAUGAAAUAGCUGAGGAGAGCCCGGACAUUGAGGAAAAAUGUGGGGCAGAGAAUUCAGGUGAUGACAAUGACACAGAGCACAGUGAGGAUGAAGUAGAAGGUGAAAUUAAGGAAGGAAAAGAAAAAGCAGUGGACAUAUUAGAAAAAGAUGACAACAGCGUUGGCUCUGAGGACACAGUAAAAGCUGAUGAUGGUUCUACUCUUGAAACUACUGAUGAUGAAAACACUGACAAUGACUUGAACCAGACUGGAGGUUGCAAUGACACUGAUGAUGAGACUAAAUCAACUGCCUCACUUCUGCCUGCUGAAAUGAAGGAUGAAACAGGAGAGGAUGUACAAGAGGAAGAACUGAGUAGUAGUAGUAGUAGUGCAAAGACGGAAAAAGGGUUUUACCCCAAAGGCGACUCAGAUGGACAUGAAGAAGAAGAAAGCCUUGGUGAAACACUAUCACUCAGUGACUGUGACAGAGAUUUAGGUCUUCUAGAACUGAACAGUGGACAAAGUGAAGACUGUUCGCACCUUCCACAUGAGACCAAGCUAGAAGCUGGUGGAUUUGCAUUUGGAUUCAAUGUGCUUCCAACUGUGACUGAGGAGUAUCCCUACGAUGUGAUUGGCCCAACAGAUGAUGCUAGUGAUACAUGUGAGUCAUGUGACCCAGCUGAAACGGGCAACACAGAGGUAUGGCAACCAGAAAGGGCCACCAAGGACCUCUCUGGCUGUUUCCGAUUCACAUCCAGCACUGAGGAUGUAUUCGGGCCUUAUUCGGUCAUUGAAGCCGUCCCAGUAGAUAUGGCCCAGACUGCAGACCCUGAGUGGUGUCAGGAUAAAUCAGAUGAGACACCUUCAAAUGAACUGGAAACGGCAGAUGGGUCUAUUCAGGAACCUUACUAUGUGUCAUCAGAUGAUGUGGACAAGCUUCAGGACAAGCAAGCCCUCUGUGAUCAGGGUGUGACGGAGGAAAGCCCUGAGCUGUCGUAUCAGCACAAUGACAAAGCAAAGGAAUGUGAGUCAGCAGAUGAGUAUGCAGACAUCGAUGAGAGUCUCUGUUCUAAAGCAGAUGACUUUGAGCAUUUGGAGUGUGUUUCCUCUGAGGAUUACGUCGAGAUUGGAGAUGACGAUGAGGAGGAAGAAACGGAAAAGAUACACGUCAAAGGGAAAAGUGUAAAAGAGAGAACAGCUAAAAGAGAGCAGGCUUUCCUCAGCCAACGUUCAAGCUGCCAGCCUCGCCUCAGAUUGUGCAACAUCACAGUGCCACCCGAUCUAGACCUGGGCCGCACCCCAGAACUCACCAACAGGGUGGUGUUUGCCCACACCACUGAGGCCUUCGAAGAGGACAUUGAAGAACUGGACUGCCAUAUUGUGCCUUACUAUGAAGAAACAGACUCAGACAGUGAAGAGCAUAUAUAUGAAGAGGCAGGGUUUGACUCUGAAGGGGAAAACUUUGUGAUGCUUGAUCGGAAGACAGUUGUCUCACGAUCACGCUCUUAUUCUGGGAAAGUUCCAGGUUAUGUCCCUGAAACUGUACCAGAGGAGACAGGGACAGAGUACCAAACACAUGAUUACUGUACAGUAGCCUUGGAGAAGAACAAUGAACCAUUUAGAAAUUCAAGGCAGCCUGCUGUCAACUGUUUGAUCCCCUCAAUGAAGUCUCGUCGCUUCUUGUUAUAUUCCCGGUCCGCAGAGGGUCCUGAGUUGACCUUGAAGAGUCCCACAGAGAGUGGCCAAUCAUUAAAGGAUGACAUUAGGAUGAGGAGGAAAGAUGAUACCCUUUCGCUCCCAUGUGUUAUCACCUCUUCUGGAAGCUUCUCACAGCAUAGCCAUCAGUCAUCUAGUGGCGUUUCCACUCCAACCUCUCUAGUAGACAUUCCACCUCCAUUCGAGCUGGCAUACAUCACUAAAAGACCAGUCACUAAGAGUUCCCCAUCCCUUCUGAUUCAGCAUGAACCCAAUGAUCUUCCUAAGAAGAAGUCCUCGUUCAAGCGCUUCCUUGCUCUUAAGUUCAAGAAAAAGACCGAUUCAAAAGGUUUUAGUGAUGGAAGUGUCCGCUCUUCACGGUCUUCCUCAGAGUCUAGCCACCAUGGCCCAUCAAGAGUCAUAGACCUUGAUCGCAGAAGCACCAGCAGCUCUCCUCAGCUUCAGUCCCACAUGGUGAAUCCCCAGCAGCGUACCUCAGACCUGCCAUCCACCUUUGUCCUGUACAACCAGAGGAGGAAAGGUGACCCCAAAGCCUACGGCAGGGGUGUCUCAAGAGUGGAGUCCUUCGAGGAGCGUUCUAGGCGCUCCCUCAUGCCGUUGCCUUUGACCAAACCCCGCUCAAUAUCCUUCCCCAGUGCAGACACCUCUGACUAUGAAAACAUCCCAGCCAUGAGCUCAGACUAUGAGAACAUCCAGAUACCAGGCAGACCCAUCAGAUCACACACUGUGACCGAGUUUUUUGAAGACCCAAACCACACCACGAUUACCUGCAAUGAGAACGAUGGCUAUGUGGAUAUGAACAGUUUCCCUGGGAUUAACAGCAAGCCCCUGGUAUCGACAGAUGACACUGAAAGUGCCUACACAGAGCCUUUCCCAAUGAACCCCGUCUCCGCUGGGCUGUCAGCGGAUGAGGAUCAUGGGCGGACUUCAGAGGAGGAAGAGGGGGCUGGGGAGCAGUGUUACGACCGACAGAUUGAUGGCCGUUCCCGAGCUUUCUAUGUCGCCAAAGAGCUCGUCGACUCGGAGAGGCUACAUGUUAGCGCCCUCAAGCACCUUCAAGAGGAAUUCAGGUCAGCGGUAACAGAGGUGGAGAGUGAAGAUGGAGAGCCAGUGCUGGAGGAGCAGAGGCUAGGAGAGAUACUAGGCGUGCUCCCUCAGGUCUACAGCCUCCAUAGCAGCAUCCUCUCCGAGCUGGAGGAGCGCAUCAGUCAGUGGGAGGAGAGUCAGAGGGUGGUAGAUGUCAUCCUGUCCCGUCAGGAAGAAUUUCGGGUGUUUGACACCUACAUCUCCGAGUAUGAUCGCAGUAUGUCCCUACUGGAGGAGAGCUGCAGGAACAACCUUGUGUUUGCCAGCAUCGUCAAGAAAUUUGAGACAAGAAGCCCAGACGAAGCUGAAGUCCCACUGAAGCACCAGCUGCUGCAGGUUAUAGUGAGAGUACUUCAAUAUCGAAUGCUACUCACAGAUUACCUGAACAACCUUUCUCCUGACUCGAAAGAAUACGAGGACACACAAGCUGCCUUGGUGAUCGUGUCCGAGGUUGCAGACGAGGCCAACGACAAUCUGAAACAGGGGGAGAAUCUGCUGCGUCUGGUCCACAUAGAAUACAGCGUGAAGGGCAAAAGAGACCUCCUGAAGCCUGGAAGGAUGUUUGUCAAAGAGGGCACACUCAUGAAGGUCUCAAAGAAAAGCAGGCAGCCCAGACACCUGUUUCUGAUGAACGAUAUAAUGCUUUACACAUACCCUCAGCAGGAUGGCAAAUACAGACUAAAGAACACACUGUCUCUCUCUGGGAUGAAGGUGAGCAAACCUCUCCUGGACAAUGUGCUGAACUGUCUUAGGAUUGAAGUGCUUGACAUCACUAUAACACUCUCUGCCAGCUCUGUUGGCGAGAGGGAGGACUGGUUCCACACAUUGAGUCGAGCCAUAGCGGACCACGCUGCAGGACUCUGUACGUUUGGUGGACCCUGCAGUGAGGCCCGUGAGAAGUUGUGGAUGGCCCUGGGUGAGGCUGCUCCUGUGCUGGUGCCAGUUUCCCAUGUAAUGAUGUGCAUGAACUGUACCUCUGACUUCAGCCUCACACUGAGACGACACCACUGCAACGCCUGUGGCAAGGUGGUGUGCCGUGCUUGUUCCAGGAACAGAUACCCACUAAAGUACCUCAAGGACAGAGUUGCCAAAGUGUGUGACCACUGCUAUGCUGAGCUCAGGAAAAGAGGAGGAAGCGUGUCGGGGGCCUGCGGUAACUCCAGUCCUCGAACUCAACGGGCCAGCCGUCCACUCUCUGCCGUCUUCCAGAGCCUGCAGCCUCCAAGUUUGUGGAAAAGCAGGAAGAGCAUCUCCCCUCUUAACCAGUUAUCGCUGGCCGUGGAGGGCUCCACCAUGAGUGGCAGCCUGCAGCGCCGGAAAAAGAGCAAGAGGAAGUGGAAGCGGCUGUGGUUCCUCCUCAAAGACAAGGUGCUCUACACCUUCACAGCCCGUGAGGAUAAAGUGGCUUCAGAGAGUCUACCACUACAGGGCUUUACAGUCAAGCUGACUGAGAGGCCAGAGGGAGAGGAAAGCAGCAACAUUUUCCAUCUGUACCACAAGAAGACCCUGUACUACACAUUCAGAGCAGACGAUCAACACACUGCACGCAGAUGGGUCAAUGCCAUGGAGGAGGCUACUGUCUUAUAGCAGCUGUAACUAAACACGUCGCUGUCUGUGACUGUUAGAACACAACAAAGCUACCUGCUGCAUCAGAACUCAAAUCAAUAUGGAUUCAUCACGUCUUACCAGCUGGGGAAUAUUGUGACAAUGUGUUUUAUGUGACUAUUUCAUCACCAGGAGGGAAUUAGACAAGGCUGCCACCCAGUGGUACGGAGUCAGAGGGACGCUACCGCGUCAAAAGGCAAACUAAAAUCCUCUUAUUGAAUUCUGAUCUAUCAGACAAAAACUCUUCUAGUCCCAUUGUGCUGAUCCAAAAUGAGUUAGCAAGAGCCUUAUAUGUUAAAGGCAGCUUGGAUCAUUCAAAUGGUUCAUUUAUACAAGUUUUUGCUCCUUCUGUUCCGCAUUUUUGCCAAGACCAUCCCACAGAAUGUGUCUGUCCAACUCAACUUCUUCUAUUUCUUUGUAUUUUGCUGACUUUUACCACUGGAUUAUUUAAUCACUAUUUCUUCCCCUCUACAAACAUCCUUUAUAUUUGUAUGUGAGAAAGUGACCCAGCUGGUGUUCUUCGGUGGGUUUAAUGUUAUUAUGAAAAAAUAUCAAAAAGAAACUAUGCUAUGGUAGUAUUCACAGCUAAGGGAACAUAUUGGUCAUUGUAUUUUUUUUCUUAGAGAUAUUUGCCAUUUGAAAUAUAUAUUGUGAAUUAUAAACUGCAGAUAUUACUGACUUGUAUGACUCGUUUGUAUAGAAAGUGUGUUACGCGAUGUUCUGAGUAAGAGGUUAUUUAGUUCACCGUGGUGUGUGUACAUUUUAUUACUUCUGGAGUUUCACACAGAGUUACUCUGGUCAUGAACCUGUUGAAUGACCCUCAGCAUGACAACGAUGCCGCAGUAUUUCUUAAUGGAUGAAAAAUUUUCAGAGACUUUUUAAUUAAAUCUGUAAGUUUUGAGAAAUGUUUCAUACAGUUCUGAAGUGCCAAUUGAUUUCUUCCAGUUGAAUGCAGUGCAAUUUUGCAAUAGAUGAUGAAUGUACCUGAGAUGAUGUUGAAUAUGUUUUUAUGUUAUCAAAGUACUGUACUACUGUCAUGUCCUCUGAAGAGACCUUGACUACAUUUUCUUUCCAUUUAGUCUUUGAUCCUUUGAAUACUUCAGUUACAGUAUAGCAGCAUACGAUCAUUCAAUAGUGCCCUUUUUAUUAUUGCCUUUUUUCAUACUGUAUAUAUACCCUGCUGGAUAAAAUACAUGUUAAAACACUUACACUUAAUAGAAACUGCUGAAAAAAGCAGUUUGAGCCUUAUGAGCCGCUCAUGUUUGCAGCAGUCAGAAAGACACUGGACCUUCUAUAUUAUCUGACAUCAAAAGUUUCUCUUCAAUAACCUGAAGGUGUUAUCUGCUCCAUUCAGAAUGCAGCUGUACAUCAUGUGAUCUCUCAACCCGGCAAACUACAUUAUUUCUAAAGCAUAGAUGUGUUCAACAUGUACUGUUCAGCUUUUCUACUCGUUUCUUACGUGCCGUACCUAUAUCGUUAUCAUGGAUUGUACCCCUUGCAUACAGUGCUUUGUAAAUGUGUAUGUAUAUAGAAACAUAUAAAAAAUAAACUCCUUUAAAAUCUUUA